UUGUAUAAGAUUGAAAGAAUAAAUUGUUAGAGUCAUCAAUGCUCAAAAUACGGAGGUAAAAUAAAGAAGAAAAAUUCAUAAAGAUCACACUUCCAAAAUUAAACAUGAAGCUGAAAUUUAUUCUUUUCCUCUGGCAGUGCAUAUUACUCUGCGAUCUGCACGUUUCUGUCCACUCGGUACCCGCAACUGGACCAAACAUAAGACCAACCGUGGAAUAUGAAUUUCCAUUUGUCGUAUUUAUUUCAACACCCCCUAAUAUGCAGCAGUAUAACAUUAAUUCCUUCUUUUGCACGGGAUCGCUUAUUUCUUUCCGAGAUGUUAUAACUGCGGAACAUUGUCUGACAAACAAGCAACUGAAGGAUGUGGAAAUAAAUGCAGGAUCUCACGAUAUACGUCGUACCACCACAUAUUAUCCGGAAUGGUGGUUAUCCUAUGAAACGUGGUGUCAGCAUAAAGAACGGGCAGUUGAAUAUCCAAGAAACUCAAUUCUCACAAUCAUUAGGUUAAACGAUACUGUAUCUAAUGCACAACCGGCGCGUAUAUUGUACACGCCAAAGCAAAAUCUGGUCGAUAAGGAUGUAGUAUUGGUAACUUGGGGUAGGGGAAAUACUGGUCGAAUUCCCCUGAUAUCGGAAACUGGUACAGCAAAAGUUCUAACGGAUGAUCAUUGCUCAAAUCAGUAUUAUACACUUCGUAGACGGCAUCUUGUUGUUUACGAGACGCUUUUUUGCACUGCAGCAGAUCCAUUCUUAAUAGUUGACAUAGGUGACGCUGGUAGUCCAGUUUUGUAUCAAAAUCAGAUUGUUGGUGUUACUAGAGGAGCGACACCACGAAAUAUGGACAGCACAACUUUAAUGAAUGUUCACUAUAACAUCCAUUACUUCCGGCAAUUUAUCACGGACGUUUUAAUCGACAACUUCUAAAUAAAAAAAUAUUAGAAAAUAAUAUCAACAAAUGUACACUGUGUUUUAUUUGCGUGCAAGUUUAUUAAAUAUAAUUCUUAUAAUGGAAUUUCCAAGCACAUUUCCAUUGUAAAGAGAAGCUAAUUA